GUGAAUUAUUCUUAUAUUCUAGACUUCAACACUUUUCACCAUGAAAUUUUACAUGACGGUUAGUUAUAAAUCUUUAUGUAUAUUAUUAUUAUUAUUUUAUAAUGUUUAUUAAUAUAAUUAGUUCGAGUUGGCGAAAAGAUUUAUUUUGUAGCUAGCCUAAUUUUGGAGUUUAAUAAUUUUUGUUAAAUGCGAUAAGUUUAGAAUAAUGAUUGCCGUACAUAUACAUAUAUAAGUUAAAAAGGUAACAUGACUGGAAUUCACAUUUUUGCUUUUUUUUUUUAUAGCCAUUGGUAUAUUUUAUUUUAAAUAUGUAGGACAUUGCAUACAUCCUUAGUUUAAUGGUUUUCAUUCAGUUAAACAUAAUCUUAGAGACUUUUAAACAGAAAUCUUAUAAUUACCUUUUUUAAAUUAGGUAAAAUUUUCAAAAUAUAUUUUGCGCCAUUUUUUUAUAGCCUUUCUUUUUUACGAAAAUUGAAUUCAUACAUUUCAAAGUGAUAUAUUUCAAAAGAGGGGUUUGGCCUGCAUUAAGUGUUAAAAGUAUAUCAGAAAGGAUUUCUGAAUGCAUUCACUGAAUUUUUCAAUUUUAAUGUUUUGUUGUGCCUGAAUCGCAAUUUUUUUCACUUUUUUUUAUAGUGGUGCAAUAAUUGUUACUGUAUUAUAACUAUUAUAUAACUAAAACGAAUCUUAUAUCAAAUAUUCAAGACUUCACGUCUUUAGUAAAACGGUGUGAAAUUUUAGGAAUAAUAUUUCCCCCCACCAUUACUUGACAUUUUGAAAUAUUUGUACUAACAUACAGGGAAAUUUAUAAGUAUGCCCUACGAUCAACCCGUUGUGUAAUAAAAUUAUUAGAUGAUUGUGAAUUACAAUAAUUUAUAUUUAUAAGUGUAAAGAAAAACGAUAUUUUCGAAUACUUAGAUUUUUUACAACACCUAAAGAGUAUCCAGUAACAACACUAACAAUACUAACUUGAUUUUUCAAAUGAGAACCUACAUGAAUUAAUGCAAUUUGUCAAUCAGAUAAUAAUUUUGUAAAUGUUGAUGUAUUUUAAUUGAAAAUUAAACGAAAAAUAUCUAAAAUAUUUAAUUUUAAAUACUAAAGGAUAAUUGAGCAAUGCUCAACAAUUUUCACGUGUAUUAUCUAACAUCUAUAUAAGUUUUACAAACACAUUAUGUAAAUAAUAAUAGUUUUGAAAAAUUAUCCUUAUUCCCGCCCUCCCAUGACAAAAUUAUUUGACUGUCAUAUAAUGAAUAUGUGCAUAGCCGAUAUAAAUAUCCAUAAUAACACACGAGAUCAAUAAUACAAGUAUCACAUUGAAGCCACUUGUCUAGAGAAUAAUAAUAAAAGUCAAUGGAGUAAAUGUCAGGUCACUAGAAAUUAUUUUCACUGAAUUUCAAGUAAAAAAAUAAAAUCGAUAUCAACAGAAAAUUGUCUGAAAACAUUCUGGUUUUUGGAAAAAAACAUCUGGAAAUCUAGGAAAACGUAGGAAUAUAAUAAUCAAUAAAACAAAAUCUAAAGCCUAUUUUUUAUUAUUUUAUAAUAAAAUGACAUGUGUAAUGUUGACAAAUCAUCAUUAUCAUCUGAACUACUUUCACAAUCGUUUUAUCGAUUUUUACAAGUUUCUUACAUUAAAUGAUCUAUAAUAGAACCUUCAACUGUCCAUUAUCGUAGAACGUUUUUUUUUAUUAUUAUUUUAUUUAUUUUUGUAAAAAAAAAUCUCUCAAGGGCAAUUGCCCUUAUCGCUCUCGUUUCAAAAGGGUCUCAAGUUUAAUCUGUUUUUAUUUUAUAUUUUUACAGAUAAUAAUUUCAUUCGUUAUGGCCGUUGUAAUAAUUCAAAAUGCGUCAUGCCAUACGCCUGAUGAUGAAAUUGAUGAACCUUCGUUGACACAUGAGUAUACCCCUAAUAAUCGCCUCAGAAAUAGGAAUCACAAUAACAACGCGGGAACCAUAGCCAACGUUCACGUUAACAAGAAUGAAAAACAAGACGAUCAUCAACGCGAUUUUCGCGAUCAAGUACAUGAUAAGGAACGCUCACCCAACCAUAACGCAGUUGGUUAUGGAGAGCAUGAGAACAGAAAGAUAUACACCCAGGGUGAAAACAGUAGCGAAAACGGCGAAGUUUAUGAUCACGUUAAUAAUAGGAUAAACGACGUUCGCAGAAAUUACGUCGACCGCACACCAAUCCACCCCAUGGAUCACUAUAUCUAGAAUCCCAUAUCACGUGUUGAUUUAUAUGGCUAAUACCUUACAACAAAAUUUGAAUUAUUCCAGGAACAACACGAAAGCACAUAAUUGAAAUACUCGCACAUUAUUCCUAAGCGUAUGCUCGUAUAUAAACAUAUGGUUGUGAUUUGAAUAUUAAUAUGAAUUGUAAUAAUGAUAUUAUAUUAUUUAAUAUGUCGUUUUUUAAUUGUAUUGCUUAAACUCCAAAUAUA